AAUUGUAAAGAUGAUAAGACGUGUUGAAAAUGUAUAGGAAAAUCUGAUCCACAUGUAUGGAUCAUUUUUGUUUCAGUUUAAUUAAUAUUCAGAUUUUUAUGGCACUUAUUUGUUUUGGGAGUGGCAACACAUUAGACAAGAUUAGUCAUUAGCAAUGAGGAAUAUGAGUUACGAGGCACAGAACGUAGGAACUACCUCUGCCAAAAAGGCGAGCGAAGAAUUCAAGAAAUCCACAUCAUCUGACAAUAUGUCAAAAUCAUCAGAAGAUAUUCUUACAUAUGCUCGGUGGUGUUACAAUUCCAAAGAUGAAUUUGUUUACCUCUUGUAUAAUGACAUCACCCAAAUUUUACUGACAAAGUAAUGGAAGCAAGUUGACAAUGUUAUAUAACUAUGAUUACUGUAACUCAGCUACAUUUUAUUAGCUGGCAUGGAACUAGUUUGCAAAAGCAGACGGUGGCGGGAAGGUACUCUCCGAUGAUGAUGCCUGACAAGAAUCAUAAGGUGACUGAUGCAGAUAACUUACCCCAAUUCAGGGCAGCAAAUCUCGCCAAGGUAUUAUAUACAGGCAAAUAUAAAUUUGUCAAAUUUUAUUUCCUUCUUGAUAAAAGAGGUAAAAUAAGAGGAAAUCGAAGCCGAACAUUCAGUUUUUGGCCGAAUUCAUAGCAAGAAACAAAACAUGUAUAGGUUUUUUUUAGGAAUCCAAGUGCCAAGGGUUCAAUUCAGUAGAUUGGAUGACUCUACAAGAUGAAUAUGUUCAAGUGGAAUUUCCAAAUAAGAAUACAUACACAGGCCGUGUACAUUGCAAACAGAUGGAAGGAGACGGUACAUAUCGAUGGAAGUCAGGAGAAACUUUCAAGGGAAGAUUUGAACAAAAUUUAAUUGAAGGUAAUGGCCGAAUCGAAUGGAAUAACCAGAGCUGGUACGAAGGAGAAUUCCACAAUGGCUAUCGUCAUGGUACUGGAAAUUUUGUGUCAAAUGAUUAUGGACGUUUUUAUACUGGUCAGUGGUAUAUGGGUCGUAAACACGGAAAUGGCUAUUGCCGUUACAACAAACAAGAUGACUAUUAUGAAGGAGAGUGGAAUAUGGAUCAAAGACAAGGAACUGGUUACCGUGUUUAUGCAAAUGGCACUCGAUACAUUGGGCAAUGGGAAGACGGAAAGCGACAUGGAGUGGGUACAAUGGUUUGGUCUAAUGGGGAUGUAUAUCGAGGUGACUGGGAAAAUGGGACGAUGACUGGUUACGGAGAGUAUGUAUGGAAUGGGUUUUUGAAUAAGUCACUUUCAUGGCCUCAAGAAAAUUCCUAUAUGGGAGACUGGCUAAAUGGAAUGAGACAUGGCAAAGGUGUUUUGAAACUAAAAUCAGUCGGUGGUGCAAAGUAUUCCGGUGACUGGCAUAUGGAUAAAAAACACGGGUAUGGUAUGAUCAUCGGCAACAACGGUGGUGUCACUGAAGCAGAUCCUCUAUUUCUCAACAAUAUAUUAACAUCGCUGGAUACCGAAUCAAGACUUAUUCGAGUAUUGAAGUUUACAAAAUCUUUCCAAAUUACUAUGUUGAAUACUUUUGAUUUACUUGAAGGACUUGGUUUUCCAACAGUUACAUUAUGCUGUAGGUCUACCCCCAAACCACCUUCAAUAGAAUACAAACAGCCCCGGAAAACGACCAUUCUGGAGCCACUACAAUGUCCUUCUGUGUGGUUUCACAUCCAGAGAUUAUUGCAACCAAAAAUUGAAGCUCACUCUUCGUCUAUCACGUCUUCUAUUACAAUUCGUUCUGGAAAAUGUUACGCGUGUAGCAGUGACUCUGAGUGCACUUGUCUUUACGAUUCUUUGGUUAAUCUGGGAGAGAGCCACUCUACCGAGUCAUCAGAGAUGACAUCCUCCUUCUUUCGGUAUGGUACGUCGAGUACAUCAUCAAAGUUUUGUAAACAUCCUAAAAAGUCCACAGAGGAAGACGACACGAUAGAGCAGACAGAGGAGCAAUAUGAGAAACGCUGGGUUCACAAAUGUAUAGCGAGGCACAUACUUCGACUGCGUAAAAUAUAUAGGCUGUAUGCGGAAUUAUACUGUUCAGAGAAAGGAGUUCCGCAUCGUUUAUCAAUGGGUAAAAUUGCGCUCUGGCAGCUCAUGAGAGACUGUAACAUCCAUGGAAGAGGCAUCAGCUUGAUACAGUUUGAUCGAUAUAUUGCUAUCAACAAAUCAGCAUUUAUCGACCAGGUAUAUUACCCUUUUGAAAGGAUAGAGUUUUAUCAAUUCCUUCACGCACUACUUGAGUUUUCUUGGCAUCUUUAUACGAAAGAAGGUGACAUAGAAACAGAAGCUGUUCGUGGAAGACUAGCUGGAGGAUUACAUAAGCUCCUAAUUGAAGAUAUUUUUCCAAAUGCUGGAAAACACGUUGGAAAGGUGUCAACUGUCUACCGAGAUUUGUUUCCGAUUUAUUCCGUUUAUCAGUUAUAUUGUGAUCUCGGUGCGCCACACACAGCCAAAAAAUUUCUCCAAGCCACAUGCAUUGCUAAAGGUUCCAGCGAUCCCAAACCAUUACCUUGGCCCAGACCAAAGAUGACUGUAAUUCCGUCAUACGUUAUCAAUGGAAUAAACGCUGUUACUGUUGGAGAAAAACUGAGCUAUAUCCCAGCAGGAAAGCUUGAUCUACAAUCUGAAUCUGCCGAACGUGUAUUACAUUACGAAGACGAUUUAGCUCAUGAACUAUUUGCCUUGAGACACAUUGGUGCUCGAAAAAUGAUUUCAAUUAUAGCCGAAAUCUGUCCAGGGAUAAAGGAUCAAGAAACUGAUAUGAUCAUUAACAUGGAUUAUGAACUUUCCUUUCUCGAGUUCUAUGAAAUAUUAUUAGAGGCUGCAAGAGUUUUGAUCUACGAAAAAAAGGUAGCAAUGCAAGAAGAGGCCUGUAACGUAACAGCAAAUGCUAGUGCAGCAGCGGAAUCACUGAAUCAUUCACAGAUGUCAGAACCUACCGAAUCGAAACAUAAGUCGUUGAAAACUUCUAAAUACAAGAAAAAGUGACUUCAUGGAAAAUUUAACUCCUUCAAUGACAUUUAAGUCUAUCUAAUGAGUUUGAUUAAUUUGCUAUGAUUUAUAUAAGCAUGUGUACGUAAAAGAGAAAGAAUGACUUCAGUUUUCCAAUUUAUUCACAUAAGUACAAGUUACUCCACAAAAAUUACGUCUUAAAAUACAAUGCAUAUCCAGAAUGCCAAUAAAUGAUAAAACGUAAGUACUAUAUAAAAUAGAUAUCCGGAAAAACGUUAAAUCAAUAAUUACAAUCAAUCAAUGAUAAAUUAAGGAAUAAAAUAAAAUAUCAACAACAGACUAGAA